AAAGCACAGUUUGCCGCCGCCGAUUGGUUUACACAAGUCUAAUUGCCGCCGUCGAAAAGAAUCAGUUCCACUUCGUUGUCUGGAGAUGCAUCAGUUGCAAAUUUUUUUUCUCGGACUCACUCUCUCGUGUUUCGCUGAUUCUCAAAAUGAAUUAAAUCAACAAAUUUUAAAAUAAAUUAUAUUUAAUGGUGGCUAUUUUGAAAAAUAAUACAGAAAUUUAGAAACAAAUUGUUGUAGAUUCGUUUUUUUUCUUCUGAUAAAUCUCGGCAAAAACAUGGCUCGGCAGCGCGAUAACAAGGGUGGAAGUUCAGGGGAGAAAUCUGGUAAACAAAAAACUAGCAAACAACAACAACACAGUGCUGGUGAAAAUGCCGAUUCGACGAAAUCCAGCAGUACAACAACCACAAGUACCACUUCCUCAACGGCUGCAUCGGAAUCGCUGAUCAAUAAGACAUCCAAGGGAAAACAUCCAAAGAAGGCCACUUUUGAGGAGCCAUCGUCGAAAUUUGUGCUGAACAAAUGGAAGACAUUGGCCGGGAGUUUGUGUAUGGCAGUAGCUGCCUACUUCUGUUAUCAGGGCUAUUUGGAGACACGUGUAAAUACACCAUUUGAUAAUCAAAAAAUGGUGACACGAGCUGGCCUCGAUGAUCCUGAACGUUAUUGGGGCUCCUACCGUCCUUUGAAUUAUUUUGGUAUGAAAACUCGGGAUCCCCACUCACUGGUAAUGGGCCUGAUGUGGUAUACACCCUCGAAUUUGGGUCAUGGUGGCAAGGGUAUACGUCAUUGGUGUGAUAUGGGUGAUAAUUUGGAUAAGUAUGGAUGGACACAUCAUGACGGUCGUAGUUUCGGUGUCCAGGAGAUCCAUGACUUACCCUUUGAAUUGAAAACUUCGUUUGUUAAAUAUCCCAGUGGAAAGCAAUUUGGUGGAGAUUGGACUGCUAGGAUUUCAGUGAAGAAUACAACUCGAGCCUGGGACAAAUCGAUAUCGUUAAUAUGGUAUGUGGCCUUGGAUGAACGUACAAAUGGCCACAUUAAAUAUGUGUCGGACGAUAAAAGCCCAGAGCCAGGAGUGUAUGGCGAAACAUUGGGGCUGGGGGAGUUCCAGCUGAGAUUCCAUCCUGUGAAGGGACGCAUACUACAUAAAUCGUAUUUGUCCACAUUGGCACCGUCCCUAAGCAAAUUAAAGGAGACUGUAUUUAGUCAUUUCCGUGCAUUUACCGAUAAAAAGGGUCAUCGUUAUAUUGGACUGCCCGGCGAAAUGAUAUCGCAUAAUGGUCAGGCUCCGGCGGAUCCUAAUUUCAUUGCCAUACAAAUCACAGCAGAGGUGGACUUUACACUGGACAUAACAUAUCAAUCAACGUCAGGAUUCUCGGUUGGUGAAACCAUACCCAAACCUCCAACGGGACGAGAAUAUACCGAGUCUUUGCAGUCACAUUUGAAUGCUUUUGAUAAACGUUUUGAAGAUACAUUCCAUUUGAAGGCAAAGGGAUUUUCCAAUGAUGAGAUUAAAUUUGCCAAAUAUGCAUUGAGCAACAUGUUGGGAGGCAUUGGUUAUUUCUAUGGAUCCAGUAAGGUCCAAUCUGUUUACACCACCAAUCCUGUGCCAUAUUGGAAAUCAGCUUUGUAUACAGCUGUGCCUUCACGUUCGUUCUUCCCUCGCGGUUUCUUGUGGGAUGAAGGUUUCCAUGGCCUGUUGAUUUCCUCCUGGGACAUUGACAUUGAAUUGGAUAUCAUAAGUCAUUGGUUUGACUUGCUGAAUAUUGAAGGCUGGAUACCAAGAGAACAGAUACUGGGUGUAGAGGCAUUAGCCAAGGUGCCCGAUGAAUUUGUCAUACAACGUAACACCAAUGCCAAUCCUCCAACUUUCCUGCUGACUCUGAAGAAAAUACUAAAGCAUCAUAAACAGGAAUUAUCGCAAAAAAGUCGUUUGGACACUUUAGAACGAAUCUAUCCACGUUUACAGGCCUGGUUUGCCUGGUAUAAUACCACCCAACGUGGUGAUAUUCCUGGCACUUAUCAAUGGCGUGGCCGGGAUGCGAAUACGGAAAGGGAAUUGAAUCCCAAGACACUUACUUCGGGCUUAGAUGAUUUCCCCAGAAGUUCUCAUCCGACCAGUAAGGAACGACAUGUCGACAUCAGAUGUUGGAUGGCCUUUGCAGCAAGUGUCAUGGCUGAGCUUUCAACUAUACUGGGCAAAGAUGAUCAUAAAUAUUAUGAAACGGCAGGGUUUUUAAAGGAUAACGAGGUCUUGAAUGAACAACAUCUAAGCCCCUACACGGAGACCUAUGCAGAUUGGGGUCUACACAGUGAUUCGGUGGUUUUGAAACGUCCUCAAUUGACGCAGAAAAAUUUGCAACGUAAUCACCAUCAGCAAAUGGAAAUGGUGCGAGUGACGUUGAAACAACCGGAUUACAAAUUUGUUGAUUCCACCUUCGGUUAUGUAAAUCUCUUUCCUUUCCUGCUGGAAAUACUAGAUCACGAUUCACCGUAUUUGGGUAAACUGCUCAAAGAUAUACGUGACCCCCAGAAACUAUGGACACCUUACGGGUUAAGGUCUUUGUCGAAAUCAUCACCGUUGUACCUAAAACGUAAUACCGAACACGAUCCUCCAUAUUGGAGGGGCCCAAUUUGGAUAAAUAUCAACUAUUUGGCAGUUAAAGCUUUGCGUUACUAUGGCAUGAUCGAAGGUCCAUAUGCGGCCUUGGCUAGAGACAUUUAUGCAGAGCUGCGAGAAAAUCUCAUACACAACAUAUUCAGAGAGUUCCAACGUACUGGCUACCUGUGGGAACAAUACGAUGAUACCACGGGUCAGGGUAAAGGCUGUUAUCCCUUCACCGGUUGGAGUUCCUUGGUUGUAUUAAUCAUGUCCGAGCAAUAUUAAAAGAAGAGAUUUGGCGAGAUUGCAUUGAUGACGAAAGAAAAUUAGUACAAUUUUGUAAUUUAUUAAAAGAAAAUAAUGCAAAAGCGAUAAUGACCUACAAAAUACUUAAUUUGUUGUAGAUGCAUAAUUUCAAAAUGCCAUUGUAGCUAUGGCAUUGGAGAGUAGAUGAACAUACAACAACUAAUCCAUAUUGUAUUUAUAAUUAGUAAAUUUGUAAUUUUUAAUUGAAUAAAAAAAAAAACGAAGGCCAAACUUAAUCAAAUUUAAAUUGAAAUCGUUUAAAAAUUCAAACAAAACGAUGAUUAAUAAAAAGGAAAAGGACAACAGUUAAUUAAAAACAAA